GUUCAUAUUCACUGAAUGUUAGUUUGAUUUUCAUUUCGACUAAUGUCUCAAAGAAGUGGUGUUAAGGUAUUGAUGUGAAUGAUUGGUGUUUCCCUGAACUGUGUAGUACUGGUUGUUCACCAGACCUUUAAUGACCUCUCGUUUUAUAUGAACUUAUUUCCCCUUUAAUGCCACAAAUUUGUUGUAAAAUAAUAUUUUUUAAUUAAAUAUUUCAGUCGCUAUUCAAAGGCGUGAGAAGCAGUAAAUUCCGGCACGUCUUCGGAAGUUUGGCCAAAAAGGACAGAAUUUAUGAUAACUUGAAAAUCACCAAAAAUGCCAACGACUCCAACUUCUGUGCCGUCAAUCCUAAGUUUAUUGCCGUUUGCACCGAAAGUUCUGGCGGAGGAAGUUUCAUUGUAUUGCCUCAGAGUCAAUAUGGGCGCAUAGAAGUGAACGCGGGUCGGGUGGUGGGGCACAGGGGGCCUAUUCUGGACCUCAAGUGGAACCCAUUCAAUGACAAUGUGAUCGCCUCGUGUUCAGACGACUGUACGGUUAAGAUAUGGUAUAUUCCGGACGAAGGCCUACAGCAGAGGAAUCUAAACGAACCGAUAAUGGAUUUAAUAGAACACCAGAGAAGAGUGAGUUUCAUUGAAUGGCAUCCGACGGCUGAUAAUAUUCUGCUGUCCACUGGUUUCGACUAUUUGGUGAUCAUCUGGAAUGUGAGCAAAGGAGCUCCAGUCCGAGUGAUAGACUGUCACCCGGAUGUGAUACACUCGAUGUCAUUCAAUCGUGACGGCAGUCUAUUGGCCACCACUUGUAAAGACAAAAUACUUCGAAUAAUAGACCCGAGGAGUGGAGAAGUAGUCAACUCUGGUGUCUGUCAUCGCGGCUCCAAAGCCUCGAGAGUUGUAUUUUUAGGCGAAACUGGAAAACUGUUUACUACAGGCUUUUCGCGCUAUAGUGACCGCCAGUGGGCCGUCUGGUCUGAACACGACUUAUCAGAACCGCUUACUAUAGAGAACAUAGACUCUUCUUCUGGAGUUUUAUUCCCAUUCUAUGAUAACGACACGCGAAUGGUUUACAUCGCCGGUAAAGGCGACGGAAAUAUCAGAUAUUAUGAGUUGACAGAUGAACCGCCGUUUUGUCAUUAUAUCAGUCAGUUUCUGACAGGUUUUCCUCAAAGAGGUUUAGGAGUAAUGCCUAAAAGAGGUUUAGAUGUCUACAGGUGUGAAGUGUUUCGUUUCUAUAAAUUACACGCAACCCGUCCUGUCUGUGAACCCAUUUCAAUGAUUGUGCCGCGAAAGUCACAACAGUUCCAGUCAGACAUAUUCCCAGACACUCCGGCGCCCACUCCAGCUCUCAGUGCCGACGAAUGGUUGUCCGGAAAGAAUCGAAACCCUAUUCUCAUAAAUCUGAAGACUGGGUCGGGCGCCAAAACAAAUAAACCGGUGUUCCUGAAGACUGAGAAGAAUAUUUUGCAGACAUCUGAUGCUAAUAAUGAACGCAAAUUUGCUUUUAUAUCACAAGAAAAUAAAGUGGAUUACAGACAGAAGAAUGGAUAUAACGGGGAUUCCAAUGGAUUUCACAACAAUUGUCACGACAACCCAAUAGACAAGUCUCCGGAAUCUCCUCCCAGGAAGAAGUUUCCCUGGAUUAAGGACAGGGAGCCUAAGAAAGCUGCCACUAUGAAUGUGUGUGAUAUCGUUACUGUCCAACACCUGCCGACCGCUACUUUUGUUACUCUGGAGGACGACGUGCCGGAAGUGAACUGCACGCCAUCGCCGCCACUAUCCGAUGAUAUAAAUACUUUAAAUAAUAGUAUAAAUAUUAAUAUAAAUAACAACAAUAACUUAAAUAACAACCAAAUGAAUGGUAUUAGUAAUGGUAUUAAACACGAGACGCAAAGUUUCCUCGACACGAGUCCUCCGCCCAAAAACGAAAGAGAGUUGUGGUCAGCGUUUCACUCGCAGUGCGCGACAAUCCAUUCACUGGAACAGCAAAUCGCAGACAAAGACAAACGUAUUAAAGAUUUGGAGGAAUUAUUGUCACGAAUGGGUUGUGACGGACAGCAUAUCUAUUAAACUUAUUGAAGGCUUUUAUAACAAACGAAUAGCUAUUUUCUAUGUCAACAUAGAGUCUAUUUAGUGAUAGUUUCUUAACGCAAUUCAUUAGUUAUACGUAUUAUAAAUACAAUUACUUACUCACGAAAUCAUUGCUUAUGUUUCAGAUUAUGACUAAAACUA